AUGGAUAUAUACACAUACACUGACACUUGUCAAAUCGAGUGUACGUCGUCAGCCUUUUUGCAAGGGCCUCACGCGUCAACAGGGAUAGCUGGAUCUCGACGUCGCCCUUUCUGCACCUGUGGGAGCAAGAUCCAACGGGUUAGGCACUCCACGCAUCGAGGUGCGAAGUUGGCCAGCAGCAAUAGCGAUGGGAGCCCCGAGCGCCCAGUUAAGGUGUUGGUCGUCGGUGCCAAUGCGGGCGGCGGCGCUGAUGGGAGCCCCAUGUGCGUCCCUGUGUUUGGGGGGGGGGGCGACGGAAUCCCAAGAUCCGUCAGCAAGAUUGGGGAAGGCGAUGUCCAUCCCCAACAUGUGCGACUGGAUUGGGGAAGGCGCGCGAGCUCCGUGCCUGUCCUCAAGAUGUGCGACGAGAUUGGGGAAGGCGGCGCGAGCUCCGUGCCUAUCCCCAAGAUGUGCGACGGUGGUACAAGACAGAAGGAACCCAUGAAGCUGGGGGCCGGUGGCGGUGACGGGAGCCCGGAGCACGUCCUCAAUAUUGGGCGUAGUCACCUUCGCGUCGAUCACCUCGACCAGUUGUAUGUCCUUCACUCCGAAGAUGUAGGCAUCGGCAUGGAGGCGGGACUUUAUGUCCCUGAUUUGGAGGAGGAAGAUGGACAUGGCCGUGGCUAUGAGCGUCGAUAG